CGAGGCUGCGCUAAGUCGUUAAACGGCAACGGUUCUGGUUUUAUACAUUUCGAAAUCAAGUUAAAUUCAGUCUGCACCACUUGUCGUUAUAGACCCUGGAUAAGAGAAGAUGGUUUCUUAAAUUUAAAACGUUUCUAAAUAUUAACUUUUUAAAAAAUAUAUAGUGAGCCAACGAGCUAGCUAAGAAAGCUAGGAAGCGAGCAAGAAGGCAAGGGACAUAAACAAAUCCUCUGGAUACGAACGUUUUCCCUUUAGCCUGGGGAGAGAGAAAGAAAGAAAAUGUUGGGGUUUCUCACAGCAAGGCAGAAUGGACUUGAUGACCCACUACGUCUCAGACGUUCGGAGGCAACAAGAAGGGUCCUUGGUCUGAAGUUGAAUCACGACAGAGAUGUGGACAGAAUCCAUGGCAACGGGGUAAACGCCAUCGACAUUGAAGUGGUAGAGGGGAGAUACAUGCUGUCUGGCGGAGCAGAUGGCGUAAUAGUCAUCUAUGACUUGGAGAACUACAGUGGGAAAUCUCAGUACGUCUGUAAGGCGAUCAGCACGAUAGGCAGGUCCAGUAAGUAUGUUCACAAGUUCAGUGUGGAGACAGUCCAAUGGUAUCCUUGUGACACAGGAAUGUUUAUCUCCAGUUCUUUUGACAAGACCAUGAAGGUGUGGGACACUGAGACACUGAGGCCUGCUGAAAUCUUCCAGUUUGAAGAAAACAUCUACUGCCAUCACAUGUCCCCGAUUGCAAGGAAACACAGCCUCAUUGCAGUUGGCACCAAAGACCCUAAAAUAAAGCUGUGUGACUUGAAGUCUGGUUCAUGCAUUCACGUUCUUCAAGGUCACAGAGCGGAGGUCUUGUCUGUACGAUGGUCAACCAGGUACGAGCACAUCUUGGCCACUGCCAGUGCAGAUGGCAGAGUGAGAGUUUGGGAUGUGCGUCGAGCAUCCGGCUGCCUGUUUACUCUUGACCAGCACAAUGGAGAGAACUCAAAAGCCUCAUCUGAGGCAGUAAAUACAGCCCACAAUGGCAGAGUGAAUGGCUUAUGCUUUACUGAAGAUGGCCUCUACCUCCUCAGCAUGGGAACUGAUGACCGCAUGCGGAUGUGGAACAGUGCCACUGGACAAAACACACUGGUGAAUUAUGGGAUGGUGUCCAAUGAGAGCCGCAAGGGAUUGAAGUUUACAGUAUCCUGUGGCUGCAGCCCAGAGUUUGUGUUUGUGCCAUGUGGGAGCUCAGUGGCAGUUUAUAUCCUCCAUACAGGAGAGCUGGUGACCAUGCUCCGUGGCCACUACAACAAUGUUGACUGCUGCGAGUUCCACCCAGACUACCAGGAGCUGUACAGUGGAGGUAAAGACUGUAACAUCCUGGCUUGGGUCCCUGUCCUCCGAGCCCCGGACAUAGAGGAGAAAGGAGACUCAAAGGGUGAUGUCGGCCAAUCUUCAGUCAACACUGCAUUUGAAGACGCGUGGAGCAGUGAUGAAAACUGAUGCCAAUGUAAAGUGUGUGUACAGAAGUGUGCACAAGGCAUUUACAACAAACUUGCCCACAAAUGAGGGACCAAGGGAAGUAAAUGAAAGGACCUUGGGAAAUCUCACCCUCGUCAUCAUCAUGCAGAAGACAAGGACCCAAGAUGACGAUUAAAAAUGGUGAAAUGACUAAAAGAAAAUGCGUCUCAGCAGAAUACAUCUAGAUGACUAUUCCGGUUUUUUAUUUUUCUAGAAGCACAGCGAUUUUUAUGUCACUGAGUACUAUUUAACCCAGUCAAAACUCAUCCUAUAUUUUCAAAAAUGUCACUUUUUCACAGCUGCGACUCCUGUGUUUGCUGUCUGAUUAACCAAUUUUUGAACCAGGGUUCACACUCCUGUUAAGAUGUUUACAGUGUUUCUCGUUUCAGUAUUUGUGUGUAUAUUUGAGAAUGUGGUCCAAGAAACAAUCUGUCUGUAAUCUUGCACAGGAGUGGUCUUGGCAGCAAGUCUUAUUGUUUUUAUCGUCUCACAGAGGUCUCAAUCUUUGAGAGGUAAACCAGAGCCUCGCAUGAGAGAAACUGCAGAUAUUAACAGACUCCACUCAUUCUUAUCUCCUCAUUCUUGGGGAAAUUUGCAUUUGUUUGUGUUGUAAGUUCUCCUUUCAGUCCUUAGCGAAACCAGCUGUGAAGAGUGGGCGUGAAACCACUGUCAACCUCCCUUUACACAACCUUGUUUCGAUGGGUAAUCCUGUAUGCACCGUGCGUACAUUUUUUUAAUGAUUUUGUUCGUUUUUUUUUUUCACUCACGCCGUUUGAUGCAAAGACAUUUGAAGGCCGAUGAUUGGUGUUAACAUCACUGGCUAAUAGCGCACGGUGCAUACAGAUCCCUGUACGCACGGUGCAUACAGAUCCCCGUACGCACGGUGCGUACAGGGUUACGGCUGCCAGUGCCACUGUACAACGGGUAUGCUUGGAGUCCUAUUCUUCUUCUUUUUUCUUCUUUCUGCUUGUUCCCUGGUUUUCAGGGGUCGCCACAGCGGAAUUUAUAGUUUCCAUCGGUACCCUGUGAGGGCACAGCACCAAUGGUGGCUGUCGUUAAUCCGGCCCUCGAUCGAUCUGGUAUGGUUUUGUCAAUCCACAUAAGGAUUUGGCAAAAUUUUACGUCGGAUGCCCUUCCUGACACAACCACUAACCCUAUGGACGGGGGCUCAGGUAAAGCGCUGGAUGCCGUGCCAUCCCAGAAUUCAUGGAUUUGCACCCAUGCCCGGAGUCGAAUGAGAGUGGAGCUUUACCACCAAUCUCACACACAUAUCAUGAAGGCUGUGUAUUUCAUAAAUACUAUCAUUCAUACCAGUGUAUAGGCGAUACACUGGUAUAGUCUGAAAGAUGCUGUCUGAAAUAUGUGAUAAGUACUUCUAAGUGAACGGUCUGUAGUGGAUUCAUCAUGUAUAUAAUAAUGAAAUGCACUUAAAUGCAUCAUUUAGGUAUAUCAGGAAUCAGGACCACUUUAUUUGUCAAUUCACCUCGUGUACUUGCGCACAUGAAGUGAAACGAAAUGCCGUUUCCCCCAGCUCCUGUCGGAUUGACAAGACCAUACCGGAUACGCUGAGGCCCAGGUUGACAACAGCCACCAUUGGUGCUGUGCCCUCACAGGGUACUGAUGGAAACUAUAAAAUCCACUGUGGUGACCCCUGGAAAACGGGACAAGUCGAAACAAGAAGAGUAUGCAAAGGCUUUGUUGCUGAAAGUGUAUGUCUUGAAUAGACUUUCAUUUGGAUACAUUAAUAUGAGCUUUCUGUUCCUGUCAACCCGCAACUCAGGCGGAGUAACCCUUUUUUGAAACCAACCGAAGUUUCUUAAAACUCUGUUCUUUUUUCAUUUUCAUAUAAUAAAAGCUGAAAUUUGUUUUAC